AUGCGGAAGACUUGGGCCUGCUGGAGCGGAAGUGACGCUUCCGGCGGCUGUGGCGGCGGCGGCGGCGGCGGCUGCGGCUGCGGGAGAAGGAGGAGGAGGAGUCGGAGGAAGAGGGCUUCCUCGGAAGAAAGGAGAAUGGCGUUCAGCAAAGGAUUUCGGAUCUACCACAAAUUAGAUCCCCCACCUUUCAGCCUCAUAGUGGAAACCAGGCAUAAGGAAGAAUGUCUCAUGUUCGAGUCCGGGGCGGUGGCGGUGCUCUCAUCUGCAGAAAAAGAAGCAAUUAAAGGCACGUACACCAAAGUAUUGGAUGCCUAUGGACUCUUAGGGGUUUUAAGAUUAAAUCUUGGUGAUACCAUGUUACAUUACCUGGUCCUAGUCACUGGAUGUAUGUCUGUUGGAAAAAUUCAAGAAUCUGAAGUUUUCCGAGUUACCUCCACUGAGUUUAUAUCACUUCGAAUUGAUGCUUCAGAUGAGGACCGCAUUUCAGAAGUACGCAAAGUUUUGAAUUCAGGAAACUUUUAUUUUGCAUGGUCUGCAUCUGGAGUGAGUUUAGAUCUGAGUCUUAAUGCACAUCGUAGCAUGCAAGAACACACAACUGAUAAUAGAUUUUUCUGGAAUCAGUCUUUGCAUUUGCAUCUUAAGCACUAUGGUGUGAAUUGUGAUGACUGGUUGUUACGCCUCAUGUGUGGGGGAGUAGAGAUCAGAACAAUUUAUGCUGCUCAUAAACAGGCAAAGGCCUGCCUUAUUUCAAGACUAAGCUGUGAAAGAGCUGGGACCAGAUUUAACGUCCGGGGAACAAAUGAUGAUGGUCAUGUUGCCAACUUUGUAGAAACAGAACAGGUUGUAUACUUAGACGACUGUGUUUCUUCCUUCAUACAAAUUCGAGGAUCUGUUCCAUUGUUCUGGGAGCAACCAGGGUUGCAGGUGGGAUCUCAUCGUGUCCGUAUGUCAAGGGGAUUUGAAGCCAAUGCACCUGCUUUUGACAGGCAUUUUAGAACACUUAAGGAUUUAUAUGGUAAACAGAUCAUAGUAAAUUUGCUUGGAUCUAAGGAAGGUGAACAUAUGCUAAGUAAGGCUUUCCAGAGUCAUCUGAAAGCUUCUGAGCAUGCUUCUGAUAUCCACAUGGUGAAUUUUGACUACCAUCAGAUGGUUAAAGGAGGAAAGGCAGAAAAACUGCAUAGUAUUCUUAAACCUCAAGUCCAGAAGUUUUUAGAUUAUGGAUUUUUUUAUUUCAAUGGAAAUGAAGUUCAAAGGUGCCAGAGUGGUACAGUUCGAACAAACUGCUUGGAUUGUCUUGAUCGAACAAAUAGUGUGCAGGCAUUCCUUGGCUUAGAGAUGCUAGCUAAACAGCUGGAAGCACUUGGCUUAGCUGAAAAACCUCAGUUGGUGACUCGCUUUCAAGAAGUCUUUCGAUCCAUGUGGUCGGUGAACGGUGAUUCAAUCAGUAAGAUAUAUGCUGGAACUGGAGCUCUGGAAGGGAAGGCCAAGUUAAAAGAUGGUGCUCGUUCUGUUACCAGAACAAUUCAAAAUAACUUCUUUGACAGCUCCAAGCAAGAAGCAAUUGAUGUUUUGCUACUGGGAAAUACUCUAAAUAGUGAUUUAGCUGACAAAGCUCGAGCCCUUUUAACUACUGGAAGCUUACGUGUUUCUGAACAGACAUUACAGUCAGCAUCUUCAAAAGUACUAAAGAACAUGUGUGAGAACUUCUACAAAUAUUCAAAACCCAAGAAAAUUCGAGUAUGUGUGGGAACAUGGAAUGUGAAUGGUGGGAAGCAGUUUCGCAGUAUAGCUUUUAAGAAUCAAACACUCACUGACUGGCUUCUUGACGCGCCCAAGUUAGCUGGCAUCCAGGAGUUUCAAGAUAAGAGAAGUAAACCAACGGAUAUAUUUGCAAUUGGUUUUGAAGAGAUGGUUGAGUUGAAUGCUGGAAACAUUGUGAAUGCAAGCACAACAAACCAGAAGCUGUGGGCAGUGGAGCUUCAGAAGACAAUCUCCAGAGACAACAAGUAUGUGCUGCUGGCCUCGGAGCAGCUGGUGGGCGUCUGCCUGUUCGUUUUUAUCAGACCGCAGCAUGCUCCUUUUAUCAGGGAUGUUGCGGUUGAUACUGUGAAGACUGGGAUGGGAGGAGCGACUGGAAACAAGGGUGCCGUGGCCAUUCGCAUGCUCUUCCACACCACCAGCCUCUGCUUUGUCUGUAGCCACUUUGCUGCAGGGCAAUCACAAGUCAAAGAAAGAAAUGAGGAUUUUGUAGAAAUAGCACGAAAAUUGAGUUUUCCCAUGGGAAGGAUGUUGUUCUCCCAUGAUUAUGUAUUUUGGUGUGGUGACUUCAACUAUCGAAUUGAUCUCCCAAAUGAAGAAGUUAAAGAGCUCAUAAGACAGCAAAAUUGGGAUUCUCUUAUAGCAGGAGAUCAACUUAUCAACCAGAAAAAUGCUGGACAGAUUUUUAGAGGAUUUUUAGAGGGAAAAGUAACAUUUGCUCCAACCUAUAAAUAUGACUUGUUUUCUGACGACUAUGACACCAGUGAGAAGUGCCGCACUCCUGCAUGGACAGACCGUGUUCUCUGGAGAAGGAGGAAGUGGCCUUUUGAUAGAUCAGCUGAUGAUUUAGACCUUCUAAAUGCUAGUUUUCAAGAUGAAAGCAAAAUCCUGUAUACAUGGACUCCUGGUACUUUGCUGCACUAUGGGAGAGCAGAACUGAAGACGUCUGACCACAGGCCUGUUGUUGCCCUGAUUGAUAUAGAUAUAUUUGAAGUGGAAGCCGAAGAGAGGCAAAGCAUUUAUAAGGAAGUAAUUGCAGUCCAGGGUCCACCAGAUGGCACAGUAUUAGUCUCAAUCAAAAGCUCUGUCCAAGAAAAUAAUUUUUUUGAUGAUGCCUUGAUUGAUGAGCUCCUGCAGCAGUUUGCACAUUUUGGUGAAGUUAUUCUCAUAAGAUUCGUAGAAGAUAAAAUGUGGGUUACAUUCUUGGAGGGAAGCUCUGCCUUGAAUGUUCUGAGCCUUAAUGGUAAAGAGUUAUUAAAUCGGACUAUAAGUAUUACUUUAAAAAGUCCAGACUGGAUCAAAAAUUUGGAAGAAGAAAUGAGCUUAGAGAAAAUUAGUGUCACCUUGCCUUCAUCAGCAAGUUCCACCCUCCUUGGUGAAGAUGCAGAGGUGACAGCAGAUUUCGACAUGGAAGGCGACGUCGAUGACUACGGCGCUGACGUGGAGGAGCUCCUUCCUCAGCACCUGCAGCCGUCCUCAAGUUCUGGCCUUGGCACGUCUCCAGGUUCUUCUCCCCGGACCAGCCCCUGCCAGUCACCUACAAUAUCAGAGGGUCCUGUACCUUCCCUUCCCGUCAGACCCAGCCGAGCACCAUCAAGAACUCCAGGGCCCCCAAGUUCUCAGAGUUCUCCUGUUGACGCUCAGCCAGCCACACAGCUGCAGCAGAAAGAUUCAUCUCAGACCUUAGAGCCCAAGAGGCCGCCCCCUCCCCGCCCAGUUGCUCCUCCUGCACGUCCUGCCCCACCACAGAGGCCACCUCCACCUUCAGGGGCUAGGAGUCCUGCACCUGCUAGAAAAGAAUUUGGAGGUACUGGAGCCCCUCCCAGUCCUGGGGUAGUUAGGAGAGAGAUGGAAGCACCCAAAAGCCCUGGGACAACACGGAAAGAUAAUAUAGGACGCAAUCAGCCUUCUCCUCAAGCAGGAUUUGCAGGUCCAGGGCCAGCUGGACACAGUGCAGCCAGACCGACAAUUCCACCACGUGCGGGAGUGAUCAGUGCUCCCCAGAGCCAGGCUCGGGCAUCUGCUGGAAGGCUAACUCCUGAAAGCCAAAGCAAACCCCCAGAGGCAUCGAAAGGUUCAGCUACCCUUCCGGAACCACUGAAGCCUCAGACUGCUUUUCCUCUGCAGCCUUCCCUGCCCCCGCCUGCUCAGAAGUUGCAGGAGCCUCUUGUCCCCACAGCAGCACCUAUGCCUCCAUCUGGCCCCCAGCCAAAUUUGGAAACCCCCCCACAGCCCCCACCUCGGAGCAGGUCAUCCCACAGCUUGCCUUCAGAAUCUUCACCACAGCUGCAAGUAAAAACAAAUGGAGUCUCUGGUUUCAAACAAGAGCCAUCAUUAAAGAGUGACCCAUUUGAAGAUCUCUCACUUAAUCUGCUUGCUGUUUCAAAGGCUCCGCUACCUGUUCAGACACCGCCCAUUCUAGCCCCAGACCCAAAGAGGCUAAUUCAGUUGCCUUCUGCAACACAGAGUAAUGUUAAUAAUACUUUGAGUUCUGCAAGUUGCAUGCCAACCAUGCCUCCAAUUCCAGCGCGGAGUAAAUCACAGGAAAGUAUGAGAAGUUCUCCAAAUCCAUUUCUUACUAGCUUGGCCAGCACAAACCCUUUUACUGACAGGACUCCUGCUCCUGGAAACCCAUUCAGAGCCCAGCCCCAAGAAUCAGAGGCAACUUCUUGGUUUUCCAAAGAAGAGCCUGCUUGUAACAGUCCUUUUCCUCCUCUCAUGCCCCUUGGUCAGCACACAAGCAAGCCUUCAUGUUUGCUCGAUGGUUUUAAGGACAGUUUGGAUGUGCAGGGACAGUCUACCGUAAAAACAAGCAACCCUAAAGGAUGGGUAACCUUUGACGAAGAAGAGGACUUUUCUGUGAAAGGAAAGUCCAAAUCGGCUUGUCUAGACUUCCCAGGUGAUGAGCCAGGUCCACUGGACGAGGACUGGAAUAAGGGCGCACGCGUGUCUUUCUGUGUGUUACCGUCUAGAAGACCCCCUCCACCUCCUGCCCCCCUCCUCCCGCCCAGCACUGGCACUUCUCCAGCAGAUCCUUUCACAACCUUGACGUCUAAGUCAUCUCUCACACUGGACUUUACAGAAAGAUAAUGUUAUAUGACAAGAAAGAAGGUUUUAUUGUUUUGGGUUUUUUGUUGUUGUUGUUUGUUUGUUUUGGCAGGGUAGAGCCAAACAAGCUGGGCAUUAGUUACUCAAUAUGUGCAAUAAGUGAUUGUUAAAUGCACUGAUACCUUCAUGAAGUACCAAUAUUUGAUGUGUACAAAGUUGGAAUAUGUGUAUAUUGGAAAUAAGAAAAUAUCUUUCUCAUUUUAACUGGAGUUUGGGCGUCUUUUACUUCAGAUGAAUAGGAGACAGCAGUAGCCAUUUAAAAAAAGUGCUUAAAACUAUUUUAGAAAAUAGACCUUACUUGGAAAUUCCUUAUCAGUCUUUGAAAACUCACAAAAACUCUCACAACUUUCAGCUGUCAUUACUGCCAGCCCUUUUGUACUGUUGACAACUGGUGUUCAUGAGUAUUUACCAAAGAGCUGCCAGCAUCAUGGUGAAACAGUUUUGAAAAGUAUUGCUUUAACAAAAAGGGGUAUAUAUAGAUACACACACACGUACACAUUUACAGAACUUAAGUUCAUAAAACUUAAGUCCUAGGAUAUAAGUCUGAUCAGAAUUCACCUAAAAAUUCUUAUGCUCCAUGUUUCAAUGUCAUUUCCAAAACGACGGCUGCUGGUCAUACUUCAGAUGUUUCAUUCUUAUACCCCAAAGUAGACUGGUCCUAUUACAGACCCUGUUUGCUACUGUCCCACACCCUACUCCUUCCAGGUUGCUCCUCCACGUGCUUUUCUCUUGGAGGCAGGUUCCCACUUGAUGACAGUGUAUUUUGUGGCAGGUCUUGUGGACAGAUUCACUGGCCCUCUCAGAACUGUACUGGCCUUACGUUAGGGAAGGCGCAUACCACUGAAUUCAGUGGGAGAGAGUAGAGCUAAAUGUAAUGUCUCUCUGGACACUAAGGUUUGUGUUGCCCUCCACCCCCUCUCCCCCACACGUCUGUAUGCUGCUAUUACUCUGGAACUUUGCUGUUAGCAGGGAAAGCAGCUGUCCGAGUGCUUUGAAUUAGGAGCACACCCAGUGUGUGUACCGUCCCACUUAGGCUAUUACACAACCAUCUAUGAUGCUGCUUUAAUGUUUUAGAGGCUAUACCUCAAAUUAGCUAUGGAUUUUGUCUCCUGCACUGCCAGUAUGCUAGUGAUCCUGCUCUUAAUUUUGUGAAGUAUACAGAAUUUUUACAGAACAUAGUGUUUUGAUAUCAUUAAAUAUCAAUCAGAAAACUCCUUGAGCAACUUGCGUUGUCAGUUUAAGUUAAAAUCAUCUUUACCCACUAAAACUUAAUGUUCCUUUUCUAUAAAAAGAGUUAUGUGUGUGCACCUAGACGCCUGUGUCCAUGCGUGACCGUUAAGGAUGUGCAUCGGGAGACGUACAGAAGUCCGUGGCUGACAGCGGUCACCGCACGUGCAAAAGCACAGCAUACUGCGCUGCACUUCCAACAUGAAGCCAACCUCUUAGGACAAAGCACUUUUUAAAAAUGCUCAAAUGUUAUCAAAGUACUAUCUUUAUAAAAGCAAUCCUCUGGGAACAGCCAGGAUUUGCUAUUAGAAAUAACUCCUGUGAGUUUUAUAUUGUGCUUUUUAGGAGUUCUGAUCAUUUCAGCAGUAGUAUAUUUUAAGCAGCAGUAUUACUAUAAGCAGUGUGCUUCAGAAUGUGAAUUAACUUGUUGAAAUUUGUGGCUUUAACAUCUGUGUGAUUAGUGUAUAUGGUAUUUGCUGUUCAUUAGCAAAAUAAUUCAUUGUUAGGUAAACUUCAGUAGUGCAACUUGCAAUUCUGUGAGCAGUGUUUCCUGUUGGGUAUAAACUACUACCUGAACUACACAUAUCAGCUGCAGCUCAGUCUUGGUCAGGGAAAGUAUGUUUGACAAGAUGCUGGAAAUGCACAAAGUUAAAGGAAGUUUCAAGGUAUGCUGCAAGUAACUAGCCAUUAUUCUGUGUAUUAAGUAUUUACCAGUUCUGUUGAAACAGAGCAGAAAUUAGACACUACGAAUCUCCUUGUGGAUUUUUGUUCACUAUAGUAGAUUGCUGUUUAUAUGUAUGUAAGAAUUUUAUUGCUUAUGUGGCAUACAAUAUUUAUAAGUAUCCUUAUAGAAGUACAGUAUUAAAGUCAGUGGAAUACAUUCUGUACAUACCCUGUGAAAUGUGCUGUCUGUCAUAUGAAAUAAAUAUAUCUGUCUUUAC